GCGGCGCGCGCCAUGGCGGCGGCGCGGGGCUGCGUGCUCUGCCUGUUCGACGUGGACGGAACCAUCACGGCCCCGCGCCAGAAAAUCACGGCCGAGAUGGCUGCGUUCCUGCAGCGGCUGCGGCAGAGGGUGAAGGUGGGCGUGGUGGGGGGCUCCGAUUUUGAAAAGAUCAAGGAGCAGCUCGGCGAUGACGUGGUUGAAAAAUUUGACUACGUUUUUCCAGAAAAUGGUCUUGUAGCAUACAAAGAUGGGAAGUUCUUGAGCAAGCAGAACAUUCAGGGUCACCUGGGCGAGGACAUACUUCAAGAUCUGAUCAACUACUGCCUGAGUUACAUUGCGAAGAUUAAACUGCCAAAGAAAAGAGGCACUUUCAUUGAGUUUCGAAAUGGGAUGUUAAACGUGUCCCCCAUUGGAAGAAGCUGCAGCCAGGAAGAACGAGUUGAGUUCUAUGAACUUGAUAAAAAGGAACAUAUAAGAGAGAAAUUUGUAGCUGAUUUACGAAGAGAAUUUGCAGGAAAAGGCCUCACAUUUUCUAUAGGAGGCCAGAUAAGCUUUGAUGUGUUCCCAGAUGGCUGGGAUAAGAGGUACUGCUUAGGAAUCAUUGCCAACGAUGGAUACAAGACUAUUUAUUUCUUUGGAGAUAAGACUAUGCCAGGAGGGAAUGACUAUGAAAUUUUCACAGACUCCAGAACAGAAGGCCACAGCGUCACAUCCCCGCAGGAUACAAGACGAAUCUGCGAAGAGCUGUUUUUUAAAUAAGAGACUUUUCAAAUUCACACUUACAAAACGGUUAAGACAGCAUAGUAACUCAAAAUACCUUCCUUAAUUCUAUAUUGUUUAUCAUGAUUGGUCAGUCAUUACAGAAGGGAAGCUGCUAUUUAAAAGAUUAACAUUUCUGAAGGUUUUUUUUUAAAUACCACCUUAUGCUAAGAAGACAUUAAUUACAAGAUGGUUCAGAUUUUCUUGUUAUAACUGGAAGAUGAAUAAAAGAGACAGGUUUUAUUUCUUUCUGGGGGUGGGAAGGUAGAACUGAGCCAGAUAGUCCCUGAGCUCACAUGUUCCAGUGCACACUCAGAAUG